CACAAAGCCCAGCCGGGCACAGCUGCCCAGAAGGCCCGUCCGGGGGGCGGCCAAGGAGCAGGACCCCCGGCCCGGCGGGACCAUGCGGCUCCUCCUGCUCGUCUCCUCCGGCCUCAGCGUCCUGGGCUCGGGGCUCCACACCCCGGCCUCUCCCACCGACCAAGAUUUAGGAUCGGGGAAUGUGGCUACAGUGGGCCCCCGGGGCUUUCUCUUCAACAAGGGCGGAAACGAAUAUGAUCCCAUCCCUGAGCUCGGCGCUGAGGAGGAACACACAUCCAACCUCUCCAAUAAAACCUUCGAUUCCCGGAAACAGCAAGUGAGCCCCAUCUCGGAGGACGCCGCGAGCUACCUGACCAGCCGGUGGCUGACGCGCUUCGUCCCCGUGCUCUACACCGUGGUGUUCGUCGUGAGCCUGCCGCUCAACGCGAUGGCCAUCGUGGUGUUCCUCUGGAAGAUGAAGGUCAAAAAACCGGCCGUGGUCUACAUGUUGCACCUGGCCACGGCCGACGUCUUGUUCGUCAGCGUCCUUCCCUUUAAGAUCGUCAACUAUUUUUCGGGAAACGACUGGGCCUUCGGGUCUGGGAUGUGCCGCUUUGUCACGGCCGCAUUCUACUGCAACAUGUACUGCUCCAUCUUGCUCAUGACGGCCAUCAGCGUGGACCGUUUCCUGGCCGUGGUCUACCCCAUGCAGUCUCUGUCCUGGCGCACCCUGGGCAGGGCCGCCUUUGCCUGCCUGGUCAUCUGGCUGGUCGCAAUAGCAGGCGUCACCCCGCUGCUGCUCAAGGAGCAGACUGUGGACAUCCCCGGCUUAAACAUAACCACCUGCCACGACGUGUUAGAGGCGGGAAAGUUUCGCGACUUCUACGCUUACUACUUCCCCGUUUUCUCUUUGGUCUUCUUUUUCGUGCCUUUAAUCAUCUCCUCAGUCUGCUACGUGUCUAUCAUUCGAUGCCUCGGCGCUUCUUCGGUCUCUAACCAGAGCAAGAAGACUCGGGCUCUGUUCCUGUCUGCGGCCGUCUUCUGUAUCUUCAUCCUUUGCUUCGGACCCACCAACGUCCUUCUGAUAACUCAUUAUUUGUCAUUUCUUAAUAGCGCCAGAGCCGAGGCUGCCUACUUUGCUUAUCUCCUCUGUGUCUGUGUCAGCAGUGUGAGUUGUUGCAUUGACCCGCUGGUUUAUUAUUACGCCUCUUCAGAGUACCAGAGAUAUCUCUAUCAACUCCUGCACUGCAAGGACGGUGCUGAGGCCGGCAGCUUCAGCAGCAGUGGCCAGUUGGUGGCCAAGGCUAGUAAAAUGGACACUUGCUCCAGUAGCGUGAAUAACAGCAUAUACAAAAAGCUCUUAACUUAGAAGGGUUUUGAAUCAGGAUUCAGCCUGCAGCCUUCAGACUCCCUUUAGCCCCUGACAAAACACCUCUUUCAACAGCUGCGACAACCAGUCCAUGAUUUGUGUGCAAUUUCCCCCGAGUCACAGGGUUUGUUAAUAGGACUUUGGAAAAGUGGGCAUACAGAGCAGAGGAACGAAAGGCCAGGCUGUUGGAGAGAAGAGCAUUUGCCUCUGCCGUUGAAAAGUUGAAUGCUGUUUUCAGGUACAUUCGGCUCAGGGAAUGGGCACUUCAAACCCUGUUUUCUGUUUUUGAGUUAAAACAGAAACAACUUCUCUGACUGAAAAUGCAAAAUAGAAGUUAGUCCUGAUGAGUUUUUGUUUAAAGUUAGGAACUGUCCCGGGGCUUCUGUUAUUUAAAAAACAGCCAUCUGCUUGACCCUAGAGGGUCUUGAAGCCGGAACUCGAAAUGUGUAAAAAUUCAUCUGUGGAAGGCUUUGGGUCUCAGACCUCUGCCUUAGAGAGGUAGGCAGGCCUAGAACUGGGAAACUCUCAUCCCAGCUCUACCACUGGCCUGCUGUGGGACCUUGGGUGUGUCACUUCACUUCUCAGUGCCUAUUUCCUUAUCUGCGAAAAUAGGGAUAAGAUACAUGCUUUCCCUACCUCUUAGGCUGUGACGCUCUUGCGAGAGGGGGACCGUGUCCAAUAUGAUUAACCUGUACCUGUUCCAGUAUACUGGCACGGAGAAACACUUAAUACCAUUAUUGUUAUUGUAUCACAAAUGAAAGGGAUUCGGAGGCAUUGGGGACUUUGGAAACCAUCUGCUGGCAGAAUGUAAACUCUACAGUGAUAAGAAGUUGAAGUCCAUUUCCCCACCCAGCCAUUAAGCUACUAGAGAUCAAAGACUGUGACAUGUUUUCUCCCUUAUGACUUCCGCACUGUGCCUAGUCCUAAAAUCUGCCCUCAACCCAUUGCAUCGACUCCUCCCAUAGUGGAGUGGUUCCAUUCUCACCAAACCCACCCGAGAGAAACUCAUGCUGUAGUAAGCACAGUGUCCAAACACUGUGCACAUGCACAAAUCCUUUCUUCUGACAUUCCACCUCAUCACACCCAGAUGGACGCCUGUUGUUGGAUGGACAUUCCAUAAUGUUCUAAUGGCAUUCUUGACAAAAUACAUUAUGAUAAUACACUUUGUGGCAGAAUUGGGUGUACUACUGCAUGAAUCUAAAUCCAUCAACCAGAUGAAUAGCUUUGCAGAGCUAAAGGAAGUUUUCCGACUAUGGAUAACAAAUUGAAAACUGAUCUGUACAGCAAGAAAACCGCAGAGGCAAUCAGUAGUAUUUAUUGAGUAUCUAUUGUGUGCAGAGCAGUAUUUUAAGUGCUUGGGAGAGUACAAUAGUUAGCAUCAAAACAUACCAAGCCCCCACUGAUAGGCCAGUAGUUCACCACUACAAUCACAGUUUGGGAGUGGGAUAGUAACGAGCGCUACUGUGCAUCCAACUUUGACCUUAUCCUUGAUCUAUUUUGACCCGAUCGCUCCAUUUGCGGGCUGGGACCACUUGCAAAGCUUUGUUACCUACAAAGCUCCCUGCAGCAGAUGACUGAAGAGGAAGGAAGCUGGUCAAGAUGAUUGGGUGGAGAAGUCAAGGCCUGCAAGGGGGCUCUCUGGGCCUUUGGACAGUGAACCCAAAAGACAAGAAAGCCCAGCAGCUUUCCUUCCUCCCUACUUUCAUUUAAUCAUAUUUAUUGAACACUGUGUGCAGAGCACUGUAUUAAGCAUUUGGGAGAGUACAGUACAACAAU